UUUCUCUUUUGUCUCACACAUCAAAGAGCCCAUAAUCGUGCGCUCAGCGUCUUGAAAUAUCCCAAAACUUAAGCCUUAUUAUUGGCAACCAAAUUAAACAGCGCUAUGUCGCCUCGAAAGCGAAGUGCGCAAGGAGAUGAAGCACGCAAGCUGCCAGUUCGUCAGAAGCGAAGAAAGACGAAUGGCAUGGACGGGAUUGACAACCUGGAAGAAAGUCUCUUGCACAUCGAUCAGCCAAUUGCAAAAAGAGCUCUGCGAAGUAGCCAGAACUCUGAUGUGGCCGUGCGUCUCAAUGAUCACGGUUCACCAGAGUUGGCACAAGAAAGAGUACCUUCUGCAAAUCCCAGGAGAUCACAUGUCAAGUUCGGCAGUGAAUCUCCUCCACCGGCAGCUGAAAAGGAAAAGACGUCGCAGCUUGAAGUGGCAAAAGAACCUGACGACGAUGACGCGAGCGAUUCGAGCGACAACGAUGAAGCACCAGAGGCCAUUUCCCAUUCACUUGCUGAAGCGAAAACAAAGGCAGCACAGGCGGAGGAAACACGACUGUUGAAACAGAAGGGACAAAUUGAGAAAGAAAAGAGACGGAGACGUGACGCACAAUUAAAAUCGCAGGCCCAAAGCUCAGAGAAGCGUCGAAUAAGAGCAGGUAUAGAGCAAGAGAAGGCAGAUGUAGAGACUGCUGAACCGAUCAAAAAGGACUUAAAGGUCGACAUGGACAAGCUCCCUGAAUUCCUGCCGGAGGAGCUUCUUGCUGUUGAGUCGCCAGCGCGGCCACUUACACCUCCGCCAGUGACACAGAAGAACAACACGAAAAAAUUCAUGGAAGCCCUCCGAGGAGAUCAUGACGAUGAGGCACCGUCGGAUGUGCUCCAUCGGGAUCAGAAAAUUCGUGUCCUGCAGACGACGAACCAAUUGUUGCCGCCAAGAGGGAAUCUUGGGCCAAAGAAUUUGAGAGAAAGCUGGAUGCAAGGACGAGCAGCAUUCCAGAAGCUUAACAGAAGAGGCAGUAACAUGCCGGCUUAUAGAAGACGAGCAGCUCCACAAGCAUUUGUUUCGCGAUACUGAAGGUAACUACAUUUGAACCUGGAAUAUAAGUUCAGAAUCGUGAACAUUCUGAUUUUCUGGUUACAUCGUGACCAUGCGCAAAACAUGAUUUCUGACGUGAUCGCGAUCAUUCCCUUGGAAGUCACAUUCAUUAAGCCUGUUU